UAUUCUGAGUCAAAAUGAUUACGGUCACACUUUAACCGCUGUUUUGCAGCUGGCUAAUAAAUGUUUGGAAAUGUUUAAUUCGCAUUUUAAUAAUAGCAAUUGCAAAUUUAAAAGAUGUCCAUAUCGGAACAACACCGCACUGGACUGCGCGAUCUAUUAUUUAAUGAAAGAAAUAUACCCGUGCUGCUGCAACUGGCGAGAAGUGUAACAAAAAAUGUAUGCAGCAUCGACGAACCGGAAGAGGCUCUUGGCUAUCUUACAGCACAUGUUGACGAUAUACACAAACUACUGCAUAAGCGCCAUAUUACACGAGAUUUGCUAUUUAAAUACCUGCACACUCGUUUACCUGGCACCUCGACAGAUUUUACAAAAGUCGAUUUGGUUAUGAAAGUGAUUCAGUAUUGGGAUACAAAUUUAAAUAAGGAAAUUAUAGAAGCCCCCAACUCCACUAUUUCGGUGGCACCUCCAAUGCAGAUACCUAGCGAACAGGACUAUCCAAUACAUUUGAUGGCACGUAAAUUUGGCGAAUGGUUCUUCGACAAGUAUAAUUCUGAUAAUCUGAUUCAGUCCGAUCUCUGGAGCGAUGCAGCUCUGGAGUUGAAAGUCAUUGCGGCCGAUGGGGUUAGCGAACUGGAAUGCUGCAGUGCAGAGGAGGUGCUCUGUUCACUAGUCAAAGCCAAACAAACAUUUGGCUUCUACUUUAAUCCCAAUUUAUCGCAUUCUGGUGUACAGGGACGAGUCGAUCCCUAUGGCCAGGUUGUCGUGCUCUGCUGUGGUACUCUGCACGCCGCCGAACGUUCAGUGGGCGUAUUUGAAUGCGCAUUUGGGCUAUUGCGUGAUCCGCACGCGGACAACAAUUGGAAACCCAAGAAAUUCAAGUGUUUGCUGCGCAGUGAACUGAGUCCGCCUCGAUUACACACCUUGAAUGAGAGCCAGACGCUACAAAUGGCUUUGACUUUGCCCACGCCCACUGAUACACUAGACUAGGAAGAUUAACAGGAGCACCUGGACUAUUAAGAAACUAACUUUAAGGCUGACUAAUUGUUUUCUAUUAAUUUGUUACUAUUCUUCUAGACUGUGAAAUGCAAAACAACUUUUCGGAUCAUUUCUAAUUUCAAUACUUAUAAGCUGUCUAAAUUAUGUAAAAGAUAUCCAAACUUUAAAGUGAAGAGUGAAUCUUUAUAUAUAUCACUUGUAGAAGACUCAAUACACCUCUGUGUAGAUCAUAUUUUAGAACAGAAGAUUUUCCC